GAAAUGUAGUCCGUCGCCCGGGGCGUACACGCCCGGCAGGGCUGCGGCCGCACCGGUUGCUCACGCUCCUGCUGUGAGAGGGUGAGUGUGGGGCCGGGGUGAGACGCACCGGAUGGGACUGAAGCCAGGAGGAGGCCCACGCAGGAGAAGGCCCGGACGGCGGGGCGAGGCCCCUGAGGGGCGUGGCUGUCGGUGGAUGGUCUGGGGGCCGCGUUCUCUCAGUCCCCGCGCGGCGCCGGGCCGCUCGCUCCAGCUCUGCUUCCUCUGGAUCUUGCCCAUCCCCUAGAAGGAAAGGACAGGACAGGAAAGAAAGAGAAGGCGAUGGCUAUUGGGCCUCUGCCCCUGGCAGCUAAGGGGGUUUUAUUAGCAUAAUCCUCUGAGCAGGAAUUUAUAGUUUCAGGAGUCAGUGACCAUCAGGGAUGUGUCUGUGGAUUGCACUUGGGAGGAGUGGAUUUGUCUGGAUUCUGCUCAGAGGAACUUGUAUGGGACAGUGAUGCUACAGAACGACAGUGACUUGGUUUCACUGGGUACACAUCAGGCUUCAGGGACUUGUUACAUGAGUGUGUACCCACGGAAAUCCCUACAGAGCUCCCUCAGUCUCCUGGAGUGACUGCAACCCUGCCUGCCGUUUAUUCCCUCAAAUGUUUCGAUGUUAUUGCCAGAUAAAUCUACCUUUUAGUCUUCUGUUCAAAACCAAGACAAAAAAGCAUGGAGGACUGAGUGCUGUGCUCUGCUCUUGUCCAGCCAUCAUGACUCAUUCUUUGUAACCACCUAAAGGGACUGGGAAACAAGACUUGAAACCAGAGAAUCAACAACAAAGCCUAUCAUUCAUUACUGAAGAUUUACCCUAUGGGGUAAUAAUGGAAAGAGGUCUCUGGCCUUCUUUAGGGGAAGCCUGGGAACCUGAUAAUUGGUUAGAUGGAAAAGAGAAAAACCAGGACAGACAUCUGCACCAAGUUACUCAUAAGGAAACCCUCCCUGAAAGGAGGGCAUGUGGAGGUCAUGAAUUUGAAAGCUGUUCUAGUCAGAGGUCAAUCCUUGAUAUACAACAAAGUGUUCCUGUGGGACAAAGGCCCCAUAAUCAGAAUUCAUGUGGCGAAGACACUAAACAGAAUUCUGAAUUAAUUAAAGCUCAAAGUAUGUUUGUAGGAAAGAAAAUCUAUGAAUGUAAUGAAUGCAGGAAAAACUUCAGUCAGAGUUCAUCUCUUCUUAAGCACCAGAGGAUUCAUACUGGGGAGAAACCCUAUAAGUGUAAUGUAUGUGGAAAACACUUCAUUGAACGCUCCUCCCUUACUGUACAUCAAAGAAUUCAUACUGGAGAGAAACCCUACAAAUGUAACGAAUGUGGGAAAACCUUCAGCCAGAGCAUGAACCUUACUGUUCAUCAAAGAACUCAUACCGGAGAGAAACCCUAUCAGUGUAAAGAGUGUGGAAAAGCUUUCCGUAAGAAUUCAUCCCUUAUUCAACAUGAAAGGAUUCAUACUGGAGAGAAACCAUACAAAUGUAAUGAAUGUGGGAAAGCUUUUACCCAAAGCAUGAAUCUUACAGUUCAUCAGAGAACUCACACAGGAGAAAAACCCUAUGAGUGCAAUGAAUGUGGGAAAGCCUUCAGUCAGAGCAUGCACCUUAUUGUACAUCAGAGAAGUCAUACUGGAGAAAAACCCUAUGAAUGUAGUGAAUGCGGAAAAGCCUUUAGUAAAAGCUCAACCCUUACCCUACAUCAACGAAAUCACACUGGAGAAAAACCCUACAAAUGUAACAAAUGUGGGAAAUCCUUUAGUCAAAGUACAUACCUUAUAGAACACCAGAGACUUCACUCUGGAGUAAAACCUUUUGAAUGUAAUCAGUGUGGAAAAGCUUUCAGCAAGAAUUCAUCUCUUACUCAACAUCGGAGAAUUCAUACUGGAGAGAAACCUUAUGAAUGUAUGGUAUGUGGAAAACAUUUCACUGGGCGAUCUUCCCUUACUGUACAUCAGGUUAUUCAUACUGGAGAGAAACCUUAUGAAUGCAAUGAAUGUGGAAAGGCCUUUAGCCAGAGUGCAUACCUUAUUGAACAUCAAAGAAUUCAUACUGGUGAGAAACCCUAUGAAUGUGAUCAGUGUGGAAAAGCCUUCAUUAAGAAUUCAUCCCUUAUAGUGCAUCAGAGAACUCAUACAGGAGAGAAACCCUAUCAGUGUAACGAAUGUGGAAAAGCCUUCAGUCGGAGUACAAACCUUACACGACAUCAGAGGACUCAUACGUGAGUUUUUUCAUUGAACCCUUCACCAGGAUUAACUCUUCAGUGAUAAUCAGAUAAAUCAUGUAACACAGAAACCUAAUAAAUGUAAUUAUUAUAGGAA